AUGAGCAGUCUGUCCAAGUCCCAUAUCUCCUACAACGAGAGCGGAUACGUACCCAAAUUGUGCGACAGAUCCGUGGCGUACCAGAGGGUCCAGUACAGCACCAGAGGUUGGGCCAAUGUAUCGACCACAAAAAUCGUCCAAAAGAUCGCGAUAGAUUUCUUUCUCAGACGGAUGCGCCCGGAACUGACGGCUUUGAAUAAGUUUGAGGUUUCUUUUGAUAGACGGACAUGGCUUCCUCAGGCCGCCAACUGCGUGGUGCCUGACGUAAUAGGCGGCGCGGCGGAUGAUGUCAUCCGAUCGCUGUCGUCAACUCACGAGCUGUCAUUUUUCUGGUAG